ACUAUUUAUUUUAUCUCCUCUUUCAUAUGAUACUCUUAUUCACUGUAAUUUACUAUUCAACCUCCGUUUAUUUACUCAUUAUUACCUUAAUUAUAUUCACAUAUUAUCCAUUACCCACUAAAAUAACCUAUAACCCAUCAAUCCGGGCAUAUACCAAUAUCAACCAUAAUAUAACACCCAGUCUGCUGUGAUGAUUCUAAAAUACAACACUUAAAAAACUAACGACGAAGAUAACAAAAUAUAUCAUAAGAUAACCAAACAUAGAAACGAACACAAUAACAAAAAGCUCAGCUAUGGCCGUUGUUGUUGAUUGUCAAGUUGGAGAAACUCCUGAGAUUCUUUUUGAAAGCCUCAAUGAUUCUGUCGGAUGGGAAAUGAAUGAAUCGAUCGAUGACAUAUUUGUCUUUACACUGGAACUAACUAAAAAAGCAGGAAAGAUGGUAAGAAGGGCUUUCAACAAGAGGAAAUGCAUCAACACAAAACAGACCGGACAAGAUCUUGUUACCGAAACUGAUGAAGCCGUUGAACGAAUGCUAAUAUCAACACUGAAAACUCGUUUUCCGACACAUCGUUUCAUUGGAGAGGAAUCCAUUGCUGGUGGCAAGAAAUGUGAACUCACUGAAAGACCUACCUGGAUAAUAGACCCGAUUGAUGGAACAAACAACUUCAUUGUAAUGGGUAUAGUCUACAACCCAAUCCAAGAGAAACUUUAUUCUGCUAAGAAAGGCCAAGGUGCAUAUUGUAACAGUGAAGAAAUAUCAGUAUCAGGACAAACAGAACUUAAAAAAGCUUUGGUGUUUUCAGAAUUCGGUAGCCAUCGUGAACCAAAAAAGCUUGAAAUUAAAUUUGGUAACAUGUACAAUAUUAUUAUGAAGAGUCACGGAAUACGGGCCCAGGGCUCAGCGGCUUUAGAUUUGUGUGGUGUUGCUUGUGGCCAGGCCGAUGCUUUUGUUGAAUAUGGAAUUCACGUAUGGGACAUCGCAGCUGGUAUACUGAUAGCAACUGAAGCCGGGGCCACAGUGAUGGACCCUAAUAAUGGAGGAAAACUGGAUAUGAUGAAUCGGCGUAUUUUAUGUGCUUCUUCCCGAAGUUUGGCUCAUCAACUAAGAAGCCAAAUUAAAUCUCAAGAAUUCAUACCCGAUUAACAAUUUUCACCUUCCGUCCACAAAUGAACACUUUUUUUUAGCGUUCACUAUUUUAGUGUUUAAUCGUGAAUGAAAGACGAAAAACUGUUCUUUUUUUUUUCUUUUUCAUUGAAAAAAAACAAAUGUUAAAAUAUUAUUAUUGUUAUUAUUGAAAAAAAAAAUUACAAAAUAAAGACAGAAAAAAUACAAUCAAAAAUAAAGAAAUCACAUUAAAAAAU